UGCAGCGAGUCACGUGAUCGGGGCUCCAUCCUCGCCAUUUUGAGUCCAGAGUGAAGCACUUUUACACCACAGGAAUAAAAAAAUAAAAUAAAGCAGCGCAUCACGAGCUCCGAGGCCAAAGAUCAGACACAACUGCCGCAUCAGAAUGGAGGACAGCAGUGGAGUUGCUGUCCUUGUGCCUCACUCUAGAGGCCAGAAGGAGACCGUCUUCAUUCCCGACAGACGUCUUCAUGGUGCCGAGGACCAGCAACGGCAGCAGCAAAAGCAGGCUGCAGACUCUCUUAUUCAGGUCAUUGAAAAGCUCAGCAAGAUUGUGGAAAAGCGGCCCAGACGAUGCACCGUCUCUGGGAAAAAGAGACCCUUGAUGACCUGUGCUUCUGUACCAGUUCCAGACAGCACUGAAGUGGUCACACCUUGUAAGAGAUCCAGAGAACAAAGGGAUGACCGCCCAACAUCCAGCAGCACGCCUGGGCACGCGUUCGAAAAGGAGCCUUUGAGUUUAGGCACUCGGACGGUCACGUGCUACCAGUGCAGUAUGUGCCGAUUUAUCUCCCCUACAUUGGAGCUGUUGAAAGAACAUCUGCUGCUUCAUGAUGAGCAGCACAGUGACCUCAUCCUCAUGUGCUCAGAGUGCCAGUUCACUUCAAACCAUCAAGAGGAGCUGGUGACACAUGUAAGACUCCACCUGGAGGAGAGCGAUCAUGCCAGACACAUCCUAGAUGAGCAAGGGAUAGCAUCAGCAAGGAGCGUUCACCAAAGGAUGGCAGUUUUGAAGGCAAGCAACUUGGAAUCAGAGAAGACGUCCACUCCCAAGAAGUGGUACAGCUUUGAGCAUGGCAGGUACCGUUGUCUCAUCUGCAACUAUGAAUGCCGACAACAGCGCAAUCUGAAGACCCAUGCGUGGAAACACGCUGGCCUAGUUGACUGUUCAUACCCCAUAUUUGAAGACGAGACAGACUGUCCUGGUACCUUACAAAGCUCCAGUCCUCAUUUGGUUCCAGCAGGUAAAGAGGAUACCAUAGUAGUCCUCGCAGCUGUUGGAGGAAAACCUCAGACCAUCCAUGGCUCCUCCAGCCUCCAGCUAGAGCUGUGUGCUUCACCAGAAGUGAGGUGUCAUGAGGAGAAGGAAGCUUCGAAAACAGUGGAGACCAAACUCCCGAUGAUCAGUCAAGUGUUUUCUGUUAAAGACCCAGAGGAGCCCUUGGUGGAGGUCCAGGUGACACCAGAAGCCCAAAUGGAGCUGGAGUUGGAGACUGAGAGCCAACAGGCAAGCUCCGACAGCCUCCUCUCCUCUGCGCAAAAGAUUAUCAACUGCAGUGGCAACAGCGCCGGCCACGUCAACGUCAUUGUGGAACGCCUUCCCUGUGCCGAAGAACCGGUGUCUAGCAAACCUCUGCUCCUCAGCCCAGAAGUAGGAGGAGACAAGACCCUCCUUGCUUCUGAGGAGUCAGAGUUAGAGAGCCAACACAUAUACUACAAACAAAAGGAGGAAGUUGUGAUUGCUUGGAAUGGAGAAGAUCAACAACAGGAGGAAGAGUCAGUGUCUUUGAAUUGUCCCUCAGAUGAAAACAUGCCACCGGUUCGAAGGAGGACUUACUCAGAAUCUCUUCGGCUGCAUUCUCUGGCAGCCGAGGCAUUGGUGGCCAUGCCCAUGAGGGCCCCAGAGCUUAGCAAAACCGCUGCAAAAGGUAUCCAUGACCCGAGUACUCAAAGCCCUGACACAGGACAGAGAAUUAUAGAGAUUGCUGACACCGCCAACCCUAAGGCGUCCUCAGGAGAGCUCGCGGCUGCAAUUGGAGAUCCAGGUGCUCUUCUUAACCUUGGCCUCCAGAGUUCAAAAGAUUCUCGAGAUGUGCUGGUCGAGGGACCCUCCAAAGCUGGAAUCAGCAUGUCUCUUUUGACUGUCAUCGAGCGACUGCAAGAGCGUUCUGACCAAAACACUUCAGAUGAGGACAUUCUGAAGGAGUUGCAGGACAAUGCCCAAAGCCAACAUGGAGGUGGAGUUCCUGGGGGUGCUGAUGUGCCUGCCGAUAUUUCCACUACAGACGGUCUGGUGGAAUAUGUUGCUGGGAGCGAAAGGCCCUACCGCUGUCGACUGUGCCUAUACAGCAGUGGAAACAAAGGUUACAUAAAGCAGCACCUACGUGUUCAUAGACAAAGACAACCCUACCAAUGCCCCAUCUGUGAGCACAUAGCCUGUGACAGCAAGGACCUGGAGCAUCACAUGAUCCACCACUUCAAGCCUCGUAUGUACAACUGCAAGCAGUGCACCGAAAGGUUCCACUACAAGAGUCAGCUGAGAAACCACGAGAGAGAUGGACAUGGGAUAGACGACAUCAGCAGCACACUGACCCACGUCGCUGAAAGCACAGCAAUCAUUGAAGAGCCAGCCAAGUUAACAGAUGAGGAUUCGGUUGGUGAGCAGAGCGUUUUCAAAUGCGAUGUGUGUGACUACACCAGCUCCACGUAUGUUGGGGUGCGCAACCAUCGGCGAAUUCACAACUCUGAUAAACCAUACAGGUGCUGCAGCUGUGAUUUUGCCACAACUAAUAUGAAUAGCCUGAAGAGCCACAUGAAGAGACAUCCACAGGAACACCAAGCCAUGCAGCUGCUGGAGCAGUACAGGUGCUCUCUGUGUGGUUACGUGUGCAGCCACCCACCAUCUCUCAAAUCCCACAUGUGGAAACACGCUGGAGAUCAGAAUUACAACUAUGAGCAAGUCAACAAGGCCAUCAAUGAGGCCAUUUCCCUGAGCAGCCGAUCUCCUACUACACCUCUGAAGUCAACACAUGAGACUGGGGUGGAGCGUCCAUAUAUUGUCUUGAGCAGAAAAGACAAACAGUCACCUGAGGUGGCUUCUGCUACAGGUGGGCCAGAGGGCAACCCCGUGAGGUCCUCGUCCAGCAAGGAGCAGGCCGGGGGUGUGGCGUGGCGGAGCGGCUCGGGGCAGACGCGGCCAGGUAUGGAAUACUGUGUGCUGCUCUUUUGCUGCUGUAUCUGUGGCUUCGAGUCCACCAGUAAAGAGCAGCUGAUGGAGCACAUGAAGCAGCACGAGGGAGAUCUGAUCAGCAUCAUACUGAGCAAGGAACAGCAGGGAAAUCAGCCCACAGAGACCAGCAGCAGCAGCCAGUGAUGCACACGUUUUCAUACAUACUGUUCUUCUAUCAUUUCUGCUUGAACAAGCAACAUGCACAAUUCAAAACUUCAUUUUAUUUCUCUCGAUAUAUCUUUGUAUUGACGUUAGUUUCCGUUACUGUUAUUGACCAUGGAUGUGUGAAUCAAAUAGUUAACAAAUGAAAUGUACUUUAGUAGUUCAACAGAGGAAAGGGUUUUUGAAUUUCAAAGGCAUCGUAUACCUCAUCUGUUGACGAUAUACAUUGUAGAGUCCACACAUUAUCAAAAUGAGGCAGCUUCUCUCGUUCACUGUAAUAUUAUUUAUAUCUAUAUUUCUUAUGUGCGUUUACCUUUAAGGUGGCACUUGCCAUGUCGCAUUUCGAGUGUGUAGAGGCAGAUUUCUUUUGUGCUCUCUAAUGUGUCAGUGUUUGCUUUGAUAUUUAUCAAACUAAUUUAUUUUAUAUGCAUGUUCCCCUCCGUUAUGUUCAUACAAAAUUAGAAAAUGUGAUUCUAAUUAUGGUGCUAUUGGUUUUGCGCUCAGAAAUGAGCGAAAGAGAAGACAUCAUUGGGAAUGUAUCUUAAAAUUGUAUAUAAAUUGUUAUAUAAACGGUAUAUAUAAUGAAUUUAACUGUGUUCUCAAUGAAACCGCGCAAGUUUAAAAUUGGCCCUAUUUAAAGAUUAACAAUUGGAAACGUAGUAGAAAAAAAACCUAAAACAGGAUAUAUGUAUAGAUUAUUAUUUUUAUUAUUAAAUAUACAUAUUGAUAUAUCAAGCUUUUUAAAAAAGUUAAAAUGCCAACACUUGAAGACAGUUUCUUCACUUUCUAUUUUCAUAUUCGUCUUUUUCUUUUUUUAAGAGUAUGUUAUAUUGCAGGAUGUUUUUUUUUUUUUUUUUCUAAUGAUAGAAAAGCUAUAAUUACAACUGGGUAAUGGGUUCAAAAUGAAAUUUAUCCUUAAAAAGAAGCAGUAGUUUAUAGGGUUGUCACAAUGCCAGCUAUAGUAUCACGAUACCAAAUUGUACCACAGUACCUCUAUUGCUGUGUGGAUCCUUUUGCCAGAGGAUGUUUAUUAUAGUUUAUUUAUUAACUAUUAUUAUAGUUUAAUAUCGUUCUGAAUGUUUUGGAGUGCAGUUCUCUUUGAAAGCCCAAGGGAGUCAAAGUUUAAAUUUGGACGUUUAUAUAUUUAAUAACAAAUUUAAGCAUUGCAAACAAACCCUAGAACUUUCUGAAGUCUUCAAUUUUUUGUUUUUGCUAUUCUUUAUAAGACAGUGUCAAAUUAAAAAGUAAUUCAUCUUUAAUUCCCAUAUUGUGUUGCACUUCCUGUGUGAACGGCACAUGAAGCACUGGACUUAACGCAUGCAUUGCUGAAUAUGAGCCACGGUUGCCGCUUCAUAACUAAGCUCAGCUUAAGUUGGUCACGUUACUACCGACUGGAAAAUACUGGGAUGGUGCCAGUAUUUUGAGGCUUGGGCAUUGUGAUACUACAGCAGCACCGGUAUAUUGUGAAAAGCCUUGUAAUUGAGAUUUUGCUUAAUCACUACCUCAAAUUUUCUUUUGACCUUGACUUUAACUUUAAGGGCCCUCAAUCUGACUUUAUAUGCAGCAUAUUUUCCAAGGGAUGAUUUGCAUACAGUUAAUUUUUGUAUGUCAACAAUCUAAAAUGCAAAAUUAGCAUGAUUAAAAGGGCAUCCAUAAUUCAUUCAGGCUUCACACUGCCCAGUGUAUCAGAGAAAUUAACUCUUAGGAAUUAAAUCAUAGGAAUUUACAUACACGAUUAUUACAUUCUGAACCCAGUGUACUAAUUUACAAUUCAAACUGCAAAUGUCAAGGAAAUGCAUGGUCUGCAUAUAAAUCAUGUCACCGUAUGCAUCAUAAUGAAAAUGGAUAAGCAACUCUGAAACAUGUACCAGUAUUGAAAUUGCUUUCUCACUUUAUUUCAUUGUUUUAGCACACAAACAUCUGUCGAGUGUUUGUUUCAGAGGAUGUGUCGUCUUGUUUCUGUGCAUAAUGCACACUUGCUACUUUCCAAGUAAUGGCAUCAAAGAGGGAUUGAGCUUCCUAGAAGGUUCAUUUUGUGUUCCAGCUACUGCAUUUCAUUUUCUCUAUCGCUCUGGUGAUGUAGUCCAAAUUGAUCAAGAACCUACCAGUUAGUAUUAUCCCUUUUAUUUUCGCUGUGAACAGGAAUUGGCAGACACCCUGUACACAUUGUAUUCCAGCAGUCUUCUAGCUGUUGUUUCUCACAUUUCUUCCUAGAACAAUUGCAAUACAUCUGGAAUGUAUUUUUUCUAAAGAUACACAAUACGUUACAAGUAAUCAGCAGGGCCUAGUGAGACAAUUGUGUUGUCUUUCACACUGAGUCAUAAGAUUUGAUAAUCAUCACAAGGACAGCAUCUCAGCCACAAGUGUGCCUUCCAUUUCAACAGCCUCAUUUUUGAAUAAGCUUCAGUCGAGUUCAGAAGUAUACCAUAAAUCUUAAGCCAAGUAGUCUCCCUGCAUCGAGUGCUUUGGCAUCUUAGAUUCUGUAUAAUGUGCCCUCAAAAGUUGUGUUAUGUAUUCGGACACAUGGUACUGUAAUACAGUUUUGUAUGUGACUUGCUGUAUAUAUACUGUAGAAACUGACAUUUUUAGAGGAAUUAUAUUUUUUAAAACUUGUAUAAACACUAUAGAAGGAAAACGAAUCAAAAGAAAAGCAGAUGAAUCAAAAAGUACCUUUGACUCGCCAAAGUGCAUCAAAAAGGGUCUUUACUGUGUGUGAGGGAACGGUUGGCAUUCAAAACUCCAGACAAGCACAUUGUGUUACAUUCUGCAACGCCAAAGGAGAAACAAACUUAGGAAUUUUACAGUCGAAAGGCCUCUCAGUGCUAUUUUCCUUUUCAAGUACAGAGGUCCAAAGGGCCGUUUUAAUAUUAGUGUUCCGUUCAUAAUUAUUUAUUUGUUCUUUUGAAACUGUAAUGUUAUGAUUUUUGCCAGUGUAUUUUUGGUAAUAAAGAAUG